CAACAACGGCAGCAACAACGGCAGCAACAACGGCAGCAACAACAGCAGCAGCAGCAACAGCAGCAGCAAGAACAGACCAAAUCAUGUUUGCGGCGCCCAUGGCCAUGCCGGCUGGGAUGUUGGACGGUGGUACGUUGACACAGGGUGACCUAGAAGACUACAAGCGUCGGCUCGGCGAAAAUUCGCCUACCCCGCUGGACGCCUUGCAGUUUGCAAGUGUGUCGAUGAGGGUUGGAAAAGCCCUCAGUGACAAGGAUCUGAAACUAUACAAUAGUGCAAUUUUCUCUCUCAAAGAACAGACCCCAGGCGAUCGAGCAGCAAAUAUGCAAACAUGCCAGAACCAAAUUGCGGAACUAGAAGAAAAGGCUCUCUCUUGUUCGGACCGUCGAAAAGAAAAAAUCGGCAACAAACGGGACCGAAAGGCUCGAGGGGGCAGAGUUCGUGUCAAUGCGUCGGGUCGCAAGGGGACUACUGGCUGGAGCUUGGCAAUGGGUGCGGCACAAUCCGGAACCUCCUUUCAAGUUGUCUUUGAUGAUGAAGGACCUUCGGACGACACAUUUUAUCCACUGGGCGAUCUCACCAUGCUCUGUCGAAACUGCGACGAAAAUGCGUCCAGCAAGUGCAGCAACUGCAAACAAGUGUGGUAUUGUGGCCGCGACUGCCAGAAAUCCGACUGGAAGACCCACAAGAAGGAUUGCAAAAAGUGAAUGCCAUUUCCAUUCCAUUCUUUCAUCAGCAACCAACCGAGACAGGGCCAGCCUAGCCUAGCCUAGCCUAUCAUACUGUUUCUAUUUUUAUUAUAUUUAGACCUUUUUCAAUCUCU